UCAAAGUGUUUCUGAGUGCGAACAACAAACAAAAAAAAAAAUGACAAAUCAAAGUACUACCUCCGAAUAUGUUUGGGUUAAGCCUCAGGACGGAGUCAAUGAGUUCACGGUGCCCUAUGCGGCGUUACUAGUGCGCGAAGAUAAGUCAAAAGUUUGUAUAAAAGAUCAGAAGGGUAAACAGCAUUGGAUCAAUUCCGCCGAUGUAGUUAAACGCAUGCAUACGACUUCACAAAAUGGGGUGGAUGAUAUGAUUACUUUGGGAGAUCUGCAAGAAUAUGCGAUUUUACAUAAUCUGGAAAUGAGAUAUCAUCAAAACAAAAUCUAUACCUACACAGGAACGAUGUUGAUUGCCAUCAAUCCCUAUCAAAUAUUGCCGAUUUAUACCCAUAAAGAAAUCAGAGAAUAUAGAGACAGAAAAAUCCAUGAAUUGCCGCCGCACAUAUUUGCCAUAAGUGAUAACGCUUAUCAGGAGAUGAAAAGGGAUCGAACAAAUCAUUGCAUAGUGAUAAGCGGUGAAUCUGGAGCGGGUAAAACUGAAAGCACUAAAUUGAUAUUGCAAUAUUUGGCUGGCCUUAGUGGCAAACACUCAUGGAUAGAACAACAGAUCAUAGAGGCAAAUCCUAUUUUGGAGGCUUUCGGCAAUGCUAAGACGGUCCGAAAUGAUAAUUCUUCGCGUUUCGGUAAAUAUAUUGAGAUACGUUUCAACGAGUCCGGUAGCAUACACAAUGCGAGGAUUGAAGAUUAUCUGUUGGAAAAGUCUCGAAUAGUAUUUCAAAGCGACGAGGAAAGGAAUUAUCACAUAUUUUACUGCUUAGUGGCGGGUCUAACUAAAGAAGAACGCCAGAAAUUAAAUUUACUGGAGGAUAAUCCGAGCAAAUAUCAUUACCUUGCUCAAGGUAAAUGCACGGCAAUUAAGGGUAAAAAUGACGCGGCCGACUUUACGAUGAUCAAAUCAGCCAUGGAAGUGUUAUCAUUUAAACCAGAAGAUAUCUGGAACAUUUUUGCUUUGCUGGCAUCGAUUUUGCAUUUGGGAAAUUUGCAUUUUAAAGCCACCACAAUACAAAAUAUGGACACUUGUGAAGUGAGUAAUCAAACAGAAGCGAAUCGCGUCUGCCAGUUGCUGGGUGUUAGUAACGAACAACUUUGCACUGCUUUAGUACAAAGAACUAUUUUAGUGCAUGGCGAGCACGUGAUUACUGGGCUUUCUAAAGAGACUGCGAUCGAGGGCAGAGAUGCCUUUGCGAAAGCUUUGUAUGGUAAAAUUUUUAUCACUAUCGUACAACGUAUAAACGUUGCAAUUAACAAAGAAGGCGGCGCAGGUUUGAAUACCAUUGGUGUCUUGGAUAUAUUUGGCUUUGAAAAUUUCCAUGAUAACAGUUUUGAACAAUUGUGCAUUAAUUACGCCAACGAAAACUUACAGCAGUUUUUCGUGCGACAUAUAUUCAAAAUGGAGCAGUGCGAAUAUGAACGCGAAGGCAUUAACUGGGAACAUAUCGAGUACCAAGAUAACCAAGAUAUACUCGACAUGAUUGGCAUGAAACCUGUUAAUAUUAUGUCACUCAUUGACGAGGAAUCCAUAUUUCCUAGAGGAUCGGAUCAAACGUUACUUGAAAAACUGCACGUUCAACAUGGUACUCGCUCGUUGUACAUUAAACCAAAGUCAAAUCAAGAAAAUACCUUUGGUGUGCGUCACUACGCUGGUGUUGUCUUUUAUAAUACACGGGGCUUCUUGGAAAAGAAUCGCGAUUCAUUUAGCUUGGAUUUAAAGGAUAUGGUCGCCAAUUCGAAAAAUAAAUUUAUAAAAAACAUUUUCCCACAACUGUCACUAAACGACACGAUGAAGAAGCAGUUGACAUUGUCGGUGAAAUUUCGCAAUUCGUUGGAUUUGUUAAUACGCACUUUAACCGCAGCUCAUCCAUUUUUCAUACGAUGCAUAAAACCAAAUGAAUUAAAGCAACCCAACAUUUUCGAUAGGGAUUUUUGUGUACGCCAAUUGCGCUAUUCCGGGAUGAUGGAAACUGCGCGUAUACGACGGGCGGGUUAUUCAAUACGUCACGAUCACUCAGAUUUCGUUGAUCGUUAUCAGCUCCUGCUAAGCGAUAAAAAACUUUUAAAGCAAUUAAAUUCGCAACAAAUAUCUCGCGAAAUAUGCAGAACGAUUCUACCACCGAAAGCAGACUAUCAAUUAGGUCAUACAAAAGUGUUCCUAAAAGAUAUCGAUGAUAAUUAUUUGGAAACGAGACGAUCUCAUAUAGUUUUAAAAUCUGCACUAAUCAUACAAAGAGGUUUUCGUCGAUUAUUAUUCCGCCGAUAUAUAAUAAAACAUCGUCUGGCUGCUGUAACGAUACAAAGAGCUUGGCGGGCUUAUAAGAAAAGAAGAGCUUUCCAAAUUAUCCAACAAGGAUUUCAACGUUUGGUUGCUUGUAUAAGGGCUCGUGAUUUGAAAUCACAAUACAUUACACUACGAAAUCGGGUGAUAGUAUUGCAAGCUCACUGCCGCGGUUAUUUGAAACGUAAAGAAUUCAAGGUUGAAUUGGAAGAUAAGUUGAAUAAAUUGGGAGAGUUGCGUAUGUUAAGAAAAAGAGACGAGCAGUAUUAUCUCAAGACUGGAGAACGUAAUUGGAAGCAGAAAGCGGAGGAGAAUCAUAGAAAACGUUUAAACGAGUUAAAUCCCAGCGAAGGGCAGACAUCAGAAAUAAAACUUCCCGAAGAGGAUAACAACAAUUUAAUAGAUAUUGAGUCAUCGAAAAAAAUUGUCGAUUCGGUAUUCGGAUUUUUGGAUGAAACUGAUGUAAGUGGUCCCGUUGGGCCGAAUGUAAAACAAAAAUCCCGCAUGCUCGAACUAGAGCUAGGUAAAAACAAAUUCAUACCGACAAAACUCUUGUCUAGACCUGUAAAUUAUUACGAAUCCCAACUGCCAGCAAUGGAAUUUCCUAGAAAAAUUCUUAAUCAAACCCGUUUGUAAAAACAUUAAGUCCUUUCAUAUACAUUUCCUUCAAGUCUUCAUUUCUCUUUCUUCUUUAAUUCUUUACUUUUACCCCUUGAAUCGCUAUGAAAUCUGUUUCUAUCCAAUAUUCCGGAUCUAUUGCUAAUUUGCAAAGCAAAUCUAUAUUAAACCGUCGGCAAUAUUAUAGUCGUCGAGGCCGGUUAUUAAAUGCCCUAUUUCAAUUCGCUUAAUGCAAUUCUUCGUUUACCUUCGUGAUAAAAUAUCAAACGCAUAUGGGAACGAGCUCGACAUGUGGAAAAAUUUAGCAUAUUUAAUUUCUUCACCUAUUUAUAUCGUAGAGCUUUUUUUACUAUUUAAACGUCUACUUUCCCUUCAUGCAGGAUAGACUGCAAAAAAAAAAGACAUACGCAUUCCAAAUUCGAUUCGAGUUAUCAUAAAUAAUUAAAAAUUGGCCUUUUGUAAACAGAUUUAGAAAUAUUUAAUAGAAAAUUUUAGGAAAUAUAGGAUUUUCAAUAUAUGGGGAUUUUUGAAAGCAGGAGAUAUGAGAAAUGUGCGGUCUGUACCGGUGGAAUACCCUGGAAGAAUAUUGAAAUGUAUUGCACUUUUGCAUACACUGUCACGAAUCAUCUGAGAAUAUGCAUAGGGAGUCUUAUUUUUGACCGAUCUUAUGAAAACUUUGUGCUCACUGUAAUAUAAUCUUUUUAUGUGUGUGUGAUUAUAAAUAAAAUACGAUUUUUUAAGCGUGUUCUUGUGGGGUAUGAAAAGGUCUUUUGCUUUCCAUUCUAUUAAUUCAUUCUACAUUGCAAUUUGCCUUAUGCUUAAUUUGAUUCUCUCCUUUACUCUAUCGUCUUCUUCUUCUUCUUAUCUCUGUCUCUCUAUGUUUCUUUCUUGCUUCAUCUUAUU